AGCAGCACAGACGACACAGAACACAAUCUCUCUCUUUCUCUCUCAUGGCAGCUUCUCUCUCCUCCAUCUUCAACCAACCUCACUGUGCAAUUCGCAUCAGAAUUCCAAGACGAUGUGCUUUCAAUCUCAGACCUCUCUCCUCAAACCCCCAAUUAAUCUCAUACAUUUGCCACCAUCGCGUGUCUCGUCCGCUCAAUCGUAUUUUCUCUCUCAACUUCUCCAGGAAAUUCUCUCAAUCUCAACUUCCUCUCUCCAACAAGACCGAAAUUCCAAGUCUCCAUCACUUCAUUGCCCAAGCCGCUGUCACUGCUUCCGAGACCCAGCUUUCCGACCCUGUAUCAGCUUCUGAAGUUCUUCAAAGAGGUCGUAUAUAUCAUGAAACUUAUGGAUGUCAAAUGAAUAUCAAUGAUAUGGAGAUUGUAUUAUCUAUUAUGAAGAAAGCUGGAUAUAGUGAUGUUGUGGAGGCUCCUGAGAGUGCAGAGAUAAUUUUUAUCAAUACUUGUGCUAUCAGGGACAAUGCAGAGCAAAAGGUGUGGCAGAGACUUAAUUAUUUUUGGUUUCUAAAGAGGCACUGGAAGAGCAAUGUUGCUAUAGGGAGGUCACAGUCCCUGCACCCUCCAAAAGUAGUUGUGCUGGGGUGCAUGGCUGAGAGGUUAAAGGAUAAGAUAUUAGAUGCAGAUAAGAUGGUUGAUGUGGUCUGUGGACCUGAUGCUUACCGGGACUUGCCACGACUGUUAGAAGAAGUGGACUAUGGUCAAAAAGGGAUCAACACUCUUCUUUCACUUGAGGAAACUUAUGCCGACAUCAGUCCUGUUCGCAUAUCUAAAAGUUCAAUUGCUGCUUUUGUAUCCGUGAUGAGGGGUUGCAAUAAUAUGUGCUCUUUUUGCAUUGUUCCUUUUACUAGAGGCAGAGAACGGUCACGUCCUGUGGAAUCAAUUGUGAGGGAGGUGGCAGAACUUUGGAAAGAAGGUGUGAAAGAGGUAACACUUCUUGGACAAAAUGUAAAUAGCUAUAAUGAUGCAUCUGGGGUUGAAAGUGGGGUUGAGCCAGGAGUCAAUUGGAAAUUUAGUGAAGGCUUUGCCAGCACGUGCAAGGUGAAAAAAAUGGGAUUACGUUUUGCUGAUCUCCUGGAUCGACUUGCUGUAGAGUUUCCAGAAAUGCGGUUCAGAUAUACUUCCCCACAUCCUAAAGAUUACCCAGAUGAGUUAUUGUAUGUAAUGCGAAACAGAUAUAAUAUCUGCAAAAGUAUCCAUUUGCCUGCACAAACAGGGAGUAGUUCAGUUCUUGAAAGAAUGCGUAGGGGAUAUACUCGAGAGGCAUACUUAGAACUUGUGCAGAAGAUUCGUAGAAUAAUUCCAGAUGUGGGGAUAACCAGUGAUUUCAUAUGUGGCUUCUGUGGUGAAACAGAGGAGGAUCACAAAGACACACUAAGUCUCGUUAAGGCAGUUGGUUAUGAUAUGGCAUACAUGUUUGCAUAUAGCAUGAGGGAGAAAACCCAUGCCAACAGGAAUUAUGUCGAUGAUGUUCCCGAAGACGUAAAGCAGAGGAGGUUGGCAGAACUCAUUGAGGUUUUCCGCGGGAGUACAGGUCAGUGUUAUGACUCCCAAAUUGGUAGUGUUCAACUUGUGUUAGUUGAAGGACCCAAUAAGAGAGCUCCUGACACAGAGCUAAUCGGUAAGAGUGAUAGAGGUCAUAGGGUAAUAUUUACAAAUAUGCCGGUCCCGGAUAAGGAUGAUAAUGAUGGGAAGCGGAAUCCAAUAGUUGGCGAUUAUGUUGAAGUUCAUAUAUUGAAAUCCACUAGAGCAUCACUCUUCGGAGUAGCACUCGCUAUAACAAAAUUGAGCUCAUUUUACAACAGUAUGCAUGAAGGAGCUGUCGCCUGUGGAAACAGAACUUGAAACCGAAGCUGUCUUUGAAGGUUCUUUGCAAAAAAAUUAAUCCUUAAAUUAACUAAUCGUGAGAUCAGCCUCUUCUUAUUUUGCAAGGUAGGGUUGAGUUCUUUUGCUUUCGUACUGAAACUCGAAAUAGGAUCAACGAUAUGCUUGGGUAUACUUGCUCUGGCUACGGUUGUCCGAUCUUGAAAGAUUGUAACUAAAACUUGAGCCAGUUUGAAGUUGUUGCUUUCAAGCUGCAUAUUCACAUUCCUUAGAGGUGUCGGCACAGGUUUUCGUUUCCCCUUUAACUUAGGUGUUUGAUUUUCUGGUAUAUGCUUAUUGUAAUUAAUUAUCAGACUUUCAUGAUAGAUGAAUUGAGGAGGAAAGUGCUUGAGCAACAUGAUUUCUAUAAAGAACAGAAACAAGCUGCUUCAAGAAAUUAGCUUGGACUCAUUUUAGUGAUAUGGUGUAUAAAUUGUAUGCUUCAUUCAUGGUGGUUUUUGGAUAUUGAGCUAGGUCAAGACAGUUUGAUAUUUUGCACUCUUUGGACAAAUUUGUCAAUGACAAGUGUGAUAUUUUGCA